AUGGAGAGGUUUCUUGCUGUUUUGCUGGUGCUAAUUGCAACUUUGGCCAUCAUUCAUAUUGUUCAAGCUCAGAGUCCGAGCCAACAAGGUAUCCACAUCUUCUUAGCUCUUAAGUUUCAUCAGUUUGGAUUGCGGGCUACCGGGAAUGAACCGUCUCCUUACACUGACGCUGGUACUGAAUUACAGUUCUAUUCGGACGCAACAUACAUCCAGAGUGGCAAAACUGGUACAGUUGCAUCAAAUCUUGAGAGUAUGCUCAUGAAGCCGUACGCUACGGUGAGAUUUUUUCCAGAAGGAAGACGGAAUUGCUACAAUCUACCCGUCGAGAAGGGGAGAAAACAUCUGGUCAGAGCUUGGUUUUUCUAUGGCAAUUAUGAUGGCCGUGACGUGAAACCCAAGUUUGCUCUGUAUCUUGGACCUAAUCCAUGGGCCACGAUAGAUUUGGAAGAACAAGUGAAUGGGACAAGGGUAGAAAUCUUACACAUCCCAACAUCAAACUCGUUGCAGAUUUGUCUCGUCAAGACUGGUGAGACUACACCGAUGAUCUCAGCCUUGGAGAUAAGGCCAAUGGGAAAUAAUUCUUAUAUCACAAACUCUGGUUCUCUCAGUCUUUACUUUCGUGUAUAUCUGACCAAAUCAGAAAAAUACAUAAGACACUUUGCUGAGAUCCAAGACUUGCGGGACGAUGAAACCAGGGAAUUCAACAUGGUGUGGAAUGGAGAAGUCAUAUCAGCCGAGCCUAUAAUUCCUAACAAGUUAAGGGUAAGUACUAGCUUCAGCGUCUCUCCAAGGAAUUGCCCUGGUGGGGAAUGUAUGUUUCAGCUGAUAAGAACCAGCAGAUCAACACUUCCACCUCUACUUAACGCUUUAGAAGUCUUCACGGUUAUCCAGUUUCCGCAGUCUGAAACAAAUGAAACCGAAGUGGCUGCUAUGAGAAACAUUGAAAGCACAUAUGGAUUGAGUAGAAUCAAUUGGCAAGGCGAUCCAUGCUUCCCUCAACAGCUUAGGUGGGAUGCUUUAAACUGCAGCAACACGGAUAUCUUCACACCACCAAGAAUCACUUCUUUAAACUUGGCUUCAAGUAAUUUAACUGGAAACAUAGCAGCUGCCAUUCAAAACCUUACGCAGCUAGUAAAACUGGACUUGUCUAAUAAUAACUUGACCGGGGAGGUGCCAGAGUUUCUAGGCAACAUAAAAUCACUGUUGUUCAUAAACUUAAGCGGGAACGAUCUUAAUGGUACAGUUCCUCAGUCUCUAGAGAGGAAAGGACUCGAGCUACUUCACCAAGGAAACCCAAGGCUUGUUUCCUCUAGUUCACCCCCAAAGACAACUAAGAAGAGCUUUCUAGUGCCAAUUGUCGCAUCGCUUGCUUCUGUAGCUAUCCUCAUAGCCGCAUUGGUGCUUUAUCUUGUUCUCAGAAAGAAAAAGCCCUCCACUGUUGAAGCUGUUCACCCGCCACCGAAUAGGCCUAAAACGAAUGUUACACAUGGUAGUUCACCGGAGCCAUCAAUCGAGAUGAAAAAGAGAAGGUUUAGUUAUUCUGAGGUUAUAAAAAUGACGAAUAACUUCGAAAGAGUCCUAGGAGAAGGAGGAUUUGGCGUUGUCUGUCACGGUACUGUCAAUGGCUCUCAACAGGUAGCUGUUAAACUACUGUCUCAGUCAUCAACUCAAGGCUAUAAAGAGUUCAAGGCAGAGGUUGAUCUUCUUCUGAGAGUUCACCAUACGAAUUUGGUUAGUCUUGUUGGAUAUUGCGAUGAAGGAGACCACUUAGCCCUCAUCUACGAGUUUGUACCCAAUGAAGACUUAAGACAGCAUCUAUCAGGGAAAGGAGGCAGACCCAUCGUCAAUUGGGGUACUCGGCUAAGAAUAGCUGCGGAGGCUGCCCUAGGUUUGGAGUACUUACACAUUGGAUGCACACCACCAAUAGUUCACAGAGAUGUCAAAACUACAAACAUAUUGUUGGACGAGCAUUAUAAGGCCAAACUCGCUGAUUUCGGGCUCUCUAGGUCUUUCCCAAUUGGCGGUGAAACUCAUGUCUCCACGGUGGUUGCUGGUACUCCUGGUUAUCUUGAUCCUGAGUAUUACCAAACAAGCAGGUUGGGUGAGAAAAGCGAUGUGUACAGUUUCGGCAUUGUGCUAUUGGAAAUUAUCACAAACCAACUAGUCAUUGAUCGAAACCGUAGAAAGUCUCACAUAACACAUUGGGUUGGGUCUGAGCUUAACGGAGGAGAUAUUGCGAAGAUCAUGGAUCCAAAGCUUAACGGAGACUAUGAUUCCCGCUCUGCUUGGAGAGCUCUAGAGCUGGCAAUGGCGUGCGCGGAUCCAACUUCGGCCAAACGACCAACCAUGUCUCAUGUUGUUAUCGAGCUAAAAGAGUGUCUUGUUUCUGAAAACUCGAAGAGAAAUAUGAGCCAAGGCAUGGAUUCACUGAAUUCCCCUGAAGUGAGCAUGAUCUUUGAUAGUGGGAUGAUUCCUAGAGCAAGAUAG